AUGUCCUCUUUCUUUACCAUACCGGCUUCGCAGCGAAAACGAAAGCGCCCAGAUACUUCCGCCGGCGCCGCCACGUCCAAGAGGCGCAAUACAGCUGCCCAGACAGCUCGUCCGCAGAAUGACACAAGAGCGCGGAAAGAGCGGGAUGACUCGAUCUCCGGCAGCGAGGAUACCGACGACGAAGAGCCUCGCCGAGCACCCGACGUCGACGAGUCGGGCACAUCAGAAUCCGAGGCCGAGAACGAGACAGCAGCAGAGCGACGUCUCCGACUCGCAGAGCGCUACCUCUCGAACAUCCGGGAAGAAGUCGACGAAGCCGGCUUCGACGCCGCAGACAUCGACCGCGACCUCAUCGCCGAGCGGCUAAAAGAAGACGUCGCGGAAUCAAAGGGCAAGCUCUACCGACACAUCGCCUCAGACCUAUCUCUCGCAACCGCGACCCACACCUUUGCCCGCGCGGACCAGAACGUCGUGACGGGCGUCGCGGCAUGUGCGCCCUACAUGUACACCGUCGCGAAGGACAUGAGCAUCGUGAAGUGGGAGACUAUGGACCCAUCCGCCCCGUCUCCCUCCCCGGCGGACACCACGAACGGCACCGCCGAGAACGGCGCCCCGAGAAACUCGAACAUCACACCCCGCCGCAAACCGAGGAAACUAGCCUACACCCGCGGCCAGCGCGCCCGCCACGGCGACGCAUCCUACCAACACCACACGCGCGCGAUCCUGUGCGUCGCGGCCUCGGCAUCCGGCAAAUUCCUCGCAACAGGCGGCGCGGACGCGCGCCUCAUCAUCUGGGACGUCUCCUCCCCUUCCACCCUGACCCCGGUCAAGGUCUUCACCCAGCACCGCGACGCAGUGACAGGUCUCGCGUUCCGGCGUGGAACCAACCAGCUGUUCUCGGCAAGCAAGGACAGGACGAUCAAAGUGUGGAGUCUCGACGAGCUGGCGUACGUGGAGACGCUGUUUGGGCACCAGGACAGCGUCGUAGACAUCGCGGCGCUGGGGGAGGAGAAGUGUAUCUCUGUCGGCGCGAGGGACCGGACGGCGAGGCUGUGGAAGAUUGUCGAAGAGUCGCAGCUUGUUUUCCGCGGCGGCGGAGGCGGCGGAGCGGGUGGGAAGGACCGGGGCGAGGGCAAAGGGCGCAAGGACGCCAAAGGUGCCAACGGCCACGCAAAAGGAGAACCUGCCUACGCGGAGGGCAGCACAGACCGCCUCGCCCUCAUCGACGCCGACACCUUCGUCACGGGCUCCGACAACGGCGGCCUCAGCCUGUGGUCCAUCCACAAGAAGAAGCCCGUGUUUACGCUCCCCCUGGCGCAUGGAGUGGAUCCGCCGCUUGGACCGGCCGAGGCGUCGGCGGAGCAGCAGCCGCAGGAAAGACAUGUGGCUGCCGGCCCGACACCUCGCUGGAUCACGGCGCUGGCGGCACUGCCGUUCAGUGAUGUUGUGCUUAGUGGGAGCUGGGAUGGGCGGGUUAGGGUGUGGAGGGUUAGUCCGGAUAGGCGGAGGAUCGAGGCAGUGGGGGCGGUGGGGGUUGGGGAUGAGGAGGAUGUUGAGGGGAUCGAGAGCGUGGGAAUGGAUGGAGAGAGGGAGGGCGUUGGCGCGGACGGCGAUGCGCCGGAAGAAGAGAAAGUCGUAAAUGGCGUUGUCAACGCCCUGGCGGUUUUUGAACGCGGCGAGAGGGGCGCGGAUGGGCUGUGUGUCAUCGCGGCCGUGGGGAAGGAGCACAGGCUGGGCAACUGGCGGAAGUGGAAGGCGAAGAACGGGGCUGUGGUGUUUGAGGUGAAGAGGAAGGAAGUCCAAGUCAAUGGGCAGGAUGGUCACGUUGACAGGGAUGAGGACGCGUGA